AUGGGCUCCAUAUCAGGAACAGAUGUCGCUCAGGCCUCUGUGGUCAACAUACCCAUCGUGGAUCUCGGGCCAUUUUCGUCACCGUCCAGCACCGCCGAAGAAAGGCGUGUCGCUGCAGAAGCGCUGGUCAGGGCAUGCAGGGACGUGGAGUUUGUUUACAUCCAAAACCACGGCGUCUCACAAGAGGAACUCGACGAGGCUUUUCGAGUGUCGAAAAACUUUUACGAUCUCCCGCGCGAGGAAAAGAUGAAGGCGCCUCACCCUCCAGGAUGGGCAGUCCACCGAGGGUAUUCGUGGCCGGGGUUGGAAAAGGUGUCAAACAUCCUCAGCAAGACCGACGACGAAGAGUCGGUCAAGCAGUUGAGGGAGGUCCAAGAUUUCAAGGAAAGCUACGAGGUCGGAUCAGACAACAACCCGAACCAGCCCAACGUGUGGCCUCCGGGCGACGUCAUGCCCGAAUGGAGACCGUCCAUGACCUCCUUCUACUGGACUUGCUUCGAGGCCGGAAAGAGGAUUCUACGUGCGUUGGCCCUGGGGAUCGGACUCGACGAAGACCACCUCCUGGGUUACCACAGCGGCGACUACAACCAGCUUCGUCUCCUGCACUACCCGCCGAUCCCAGCAGAGGCCGUCGAGGGGGGCAAAUUCGCCAGAAUGCCCGCUCACACGGACUGGUCCACGAUGACCAUGUUGUUCCAAGACGACUGUGGGGGUUUGCAGGUGGAAGAUCCCAGGAGGCCUGGAGAAUUUAUCGACGCCCCUCCCAUCCCCGGCACUCUCGUCAUGAACGUAGGCGACUUGUUGAUGCGAUGGAGCAAUGAUUACCUCAAAUCUACGCUGCAUCGAGUACAGUUACCAUCCCGGCAGGACCGGUUUUCAGGCGACGAGAGAAUGACGAGAGCACGAUACUCGAUACCCUAUUUCAUCACGACCGAUCCGGACAGGCUGAUCGAGUGUCUUCGCUUCGACGAGGAGCAUCCGCCAAAGUAUGAGCCGAUCACGCAGCGCGAGUAUUCUGCAAUGAGGGCCAGGAUGCAAUAUUGA